CUCCACUUCUUUGAUUUAAUAACAAAUAGUGGAUUCAAGAAACAUCAGCAACGAGUUUAAGAACAAGUUAAUGGGGCCUCCAGCAACAAGUAUAGGGAAGUAUCAGCUCGGUAGAACGAUCGGAGAAGGCACCUUUGCCAAGGUCAAGCUGGCUGUGGACACCGCUACAGAUCGUCACGUCGCCAUCAAGAUUAUCGACAAGGCCAUGGUUAUGGAAAGCAAUCUCAAGUAUCAGGUACAACGAGAGAUAAGAACAAUGAAGCUCCUGCAUCACCCCAAUACUGUAACAAUAGUUGAGGUUAUCGGCUCGAAGACAAAGAUAUACAUAGUAAUGGAAUACGUAUCAGGAGGACAACUCUCUGACAUAUUGUCUUAUGCCAAGAAAUUAAGUGAAGCAGAAGCAAGAAAGCUUUUCCAGCAGUUAAUAGAUGCAGUGGACCAUUGUCAUAGAAAAGGUGUUUAUCACAGAGAUCUAAAGCCAGAAAAUUUGCUCUUGGAUUGUAAGGGAAACCUGAAAGUUACAGAUUUUGGACUGAGUGCUUUGAGGAAGCCCGGAGAUAUGCUUACGACGGCAUGCGGCUCACCAUGCUAUGUGGCGCCGGAGCUGCUUGCAAAUAAGGGCUAUGAUGGGGCGGCUGCUGAUAUUUGGUCUUGCGGUGUCAUCCUUUUCGAACUACUUGCCGGCUAUUUACCGUUCGAUGACCGGAAUCUUGUGGUUUUAUACAAGAAGAUUUCUAGAGCACGAUAUGCAUGUCCAACAUGGUUUACGAGAUGUCAGAGGAAGCUGAUUUCUCGAAUACUCGAUCCGAAUCCGAAAACGAGGAUAACAAUUCCAGAAAUCAUUGAAGAUGAAUGGUUUCAUAUAGAUUAUGUGCCUUCCUGUGGCUUUGAUUACGAUGAGAAAAUAAGCGUCGAUGAUGUUAACGCCGCCUUCGAUACAGAACACAACGAAGAUAUGAGAACACACGAGGAGAAUUUCAUAAAUGCAUUCAAAUUGAUAGCAAUGUCGGAUGAUCUCGAUUUAUCGGGCCUCUUUGAAGGACAGGAUGACAAAAGACAGAGGACAAAGAUUGGUUCCAAGCAUACAGUUAAUGAAACCAUAAUGAAAAUAAAAUCUGCUGCUAUGGGUGCUAGUUUGUUGGUUGAAAGAAUGAAUCAUUACAAGAUGAAAAUUCAUGCAAAGCAGAAGACGACUAGAUGUUGCAGAUCAUCUUAUGACCUAUCAGCCGAGGUAAUCGUGGUUUCUCCAGCGAAUUGUGUUGUCGAAAUAUCGAAAUCUGCAGGGGAACUAACAGUUUACAAAGAGUUCUGCAAGAGUCUGUCGAGUUUACUGAUGGAGGAAUCAAAUAUUUCGCCACAAAUUCAAGAACCCGAAACCGUCGACACUGAUGACAGUAGUAUUCUAGUGAACGAAUGCCUCAAAGAAGAAAAAGAUGAGGAAAAUAAGGCACGAGGCUACUUCUCGUCAUGAAGAGCAAGGGCACAUAGACACAAUGUGCAGCACAAAAUUGAGGCUAUUGAGCAUCAUUCUUCACUCAAUACAGAGUUCAAACAGCAACACUUGCACACCUAUAUUCAUGUUUCCUGUGAAGUUUAUCUUUCUUUUUUUACUUUCUCUCCUCCAAGAUGUAUAUUAUCACACUUACGUGACUAUUCUUUUGGAUAAUGGUUUCCAACAUGUAAUUAGACAAUUUCUGG